CGCUCAGAUGCCCGUGGGAACACCAGUGGAGGAGGAGAGCCGCCGCGGAGAAGAGCUCUGCAAUGAACAAGACCAAGAGGAAACCCAAUGUGGAGAGCUCUGGUGUGCUAAAGAGCAGGAAGCUGGUCCAGCGGAGGAGGAAUACAUGUCCCAGUCCUCAGGACAUCAGCCGGGCCCUGCAGAGCCCCAGCUCUGCUCCCAGCGCCAGCGCUGCCAGCCUGGAUGAGCUCAUACAUCGCUGCCUGAACUGUUUUGAUUUAGAGGGGAAGCAUUCCAGCCCCAGAGGGUCCCAGCUGGUCCACAUGACCCUGAUGAUGCACAGUUGGGUCGUGCCAUCUCAGACGUUCGCCCAGAAACUUCUCACCCUCUAUAAGGAUUGUCCCUCCGACAAGAGAGGGCUGAGGCGGGCACAGAUCUGCCACCUUGUCAGGCAGUGGAUCAGCCAGUUCCCAGCGGUAUUUGAGGCAGACCCCCUUCUCGAGCAGACCAUGGGGGACCUGUGGGCGCUGGUACGGUCAGACGGAGAGGAGGCGCACUCGCAGCUCAUUGACACCUCCUGCCUAAGCCCUCAUGCAAAUGUAUCUCAGGCACCCUCGCCGUCUGUGAAGAAGAGGAAGGUGUCUUUGAUCUUCGACCACAUGGAGCCUGAUGAGAUGGCUGAGCACCUCAGCUACCUGGAGUUCAAGAACUUCUGUAGCGUUUCGUUCUUGGACUACCGCAUCUACGUGGUACGAGGCUCGGUGAGGGACAACCCUGCUCUGGAGCGGUCGGUCAUGAUGUGUAACGGAGUCUCCCAGUGGGUCCAGCUGAUGAUCCUCAGCAGACACACAGCCCAGCAGAGAGCGCAGGUCUUCACCAAGUUCAUUCACGUGGCUCAGAAACUUCGAGCUCUGCAAAACUUUAACACUCUAAUGGCAGUAACUGGAGGCCUCUGUCACAGCUCAAUCUCCCGCCUCAAAGACACAGCUAACCUGCUGCCACCUGACAUCACUAAGGCCCUGAGUGAGAUGACAGAGCUGCUCUCCUCGCGGAGCAACUACAGCAACUACCGGCGGGUUUACAACGAGUGCAGCGGCUUCAAGGUGCCCAUCCUCGGUGUCCACCUGAAGGAUCUGAUCUCACUGAACGAGGCCCUGCCGGACUACUUAGACGAGGAAAAGAUCAAUCUGAGCAAGCUGCAGCACCUGUACAGCAACAUCAACGACCUGCUGGCCAUUCACAGCUGCACGCCGCCCUUCGAGGCCAACAAAGACCUUCUGCAUCUGCUCACGCUCUCUCUAGAUCUAUACUACACCGAGGAUGAGAUUUAUGAACUUUCAUACACCAAGGAACCCAAGAACCCCAAGAUUCAGCCUGUAGCUCCAGUUAAAUCACCGGUGGUGGCCGAGUGGGGCUCAGGGGUCACCCCUCGGCUCGACCCUGACACCAUAUCAAAACACGUCAAACAGAUGGUGGAUUCCAUAAUGAAAAACUACGACCAGAACCAGGACGGCUACAUUUCACUAGAGGACUUUGAGAAAAUAGCAGCCAACUUCCCCUUCUCCUUCUGCACUCACGAAACUGACAGGCAGGGACAAAUCAGCCGUGAAGAAAUCACCUCUUACUUCAUGAGGGGAAUGUCUAUAUGUGCUAAGCUGGGCUACAACUUCAAUGACGCGCAUAACUUCCAUGAAACCACAUACAAACGGCCGACGUUCUGUGAUAUUUGUGGAGGCUUUCUGUGGGGAGUCAUCAAACAGGGCUACCACUGUAAAGACUGUGGGAUAAACUGUCACAGACACUGUAGAGAUCUGGUGGGAAUGGAGUGUGUGAAAAAGCAUAAAAACACAACCGGGUCCUGCCCGUGCACCCCCGCGCCUGACUCAAGAACCAAGGGCAACAGCUGGAGUUCAGAGGAGGAGACCUUCGUUUUCCCCCAAAGUAACGAGACAGAACACAACAAGGGCGCCCCUCUUUGGAAAAUUAACACCAGUGAUUCAACGCAAUUGGACCGCUCCACUCAGACAGAUCCUGGCAUAUGGACACCUGAGAAAAGGGACAAGAGGGGAUUCAACCACAACUCUCUCGUACACGCGUCCCCAGAAAGAAGGGUGAGACGCAGCAUGACUACUUACGAGGUCAGAACGCUGCCACAGAGGACUCGGGGCUGCUCCAUGCCUGUUUCCUUCCUGCAGGAGAAGAUGGAAGAGCUGCAUCUCUACAAAGACAAGAGCAGAGAGCCGGACUGACCACGUCUUCUAACGCCCUCCCCCCCCCCCUCCCCCCUCCCCACACACACACACACACACACGGACAAAUAGAGAAGACACCGCCAUGUCUCGGUGACUGGUGUUGAUCUGAACUGAACUGAUGAACUGAGAGUGUACCAGCAAUGAUAAAUGGACUGGAUAUAUGGCUAAUGGUUUUGCCAUGUUUUUAAUUUUUAUUUUUGUCAACCUGAUUAGAUUGACAUAUUGUUUUAGGUUUCGAACAUCUGAUUUCCUAUUUGUAAUUUAUGAACACCUCAUCUGUUUCUAGAACAAGUGCCUUGGUUCUCUGGUGCUAAGAUUCCUCUCAACCUCAAACCAUGUUGUUUAUGACAACCUACAGACAGACAAAAGGGUUUCAUGAAAUCCUACAUAUAUAUAUAUAUAUAUAUAUAUAUACGCAUAAUAAAUCCAGGGUAGGAAAUUAACACUAACCACCUCCAACAGAUUAUUAAUAAUAACUUUGGCAGCUAUAUUUGAAAACCCUGCUCACAAGUUUGGAAAGUAAGCCAGCACAGAAUCCUAAAAGCACAAUUAGUUUGACUUAGGAACAGGUGAUAUGAUGAUUUAUAUAGUAUAUAUAUAUACCAAUUUCCAACAAGUAGAUAUUACUAUACAGUUUAUAAGGGAUCUAUGCCUUUAGUAUCUUGUUGUAUUAGGCAAUGACAAUGUUGCAAAACACUGAGCAGGGCUUCUUUGUGGCAAUAUUGGAUUUACUGAAUUUCUCCAUGUAUGUGAUGAGUUACCUUACAUUGUCAGGAAUUUAAUUCACUGGAUUAAUUAGGCAUUUUUAAUUUCCAGAAAGUUAUUCAGCAUUAUUUAUAUUACUACCACUCAUCCAACCUCUUCUUUGGCUGGUCAAUAGUUUAAAAAAGGAGCUUGUGAAGUCAAAACUCAUGAUCCACUGUGACUACCAGUAGAAACAGUUUAUUUCCUGCCCUGACGACAUUUUUGACUUGCAAAUGUUUUCAAAAGUUCAUUCAAGGUUCAGCAGGACUGCACUGGAACUAUGCGUAAGCUCCAAAAUCAGCAAUUACUUUUUAGAGAUUUGUUUUUAUGUUUUUGUUCCUUAUCCACGAUUUCAAUCUAGUUCAAAAUGAGAGAAAUACACCAAGAAUGACAAAUCA